AUGGGCGCAUCAUCACAACCAUCCUUCUGUCUCCUCACCCAGGGUCCUCCCGAGAUUCUGCACGAGAUUCUCUCCUACUGCCAGAAAAAUGACCUCUUCACCAAAAGGGAGACAACCAAGAAGUACAAAGGAAGAUGCCUCCACGGUCGUCCCAAAACCCGCAAAGCUCCCAAUAAUCACUGGACAGCGAAAAAGGGCCAGUCGUAUGGCUACCGCUGGUGGAGGCGAUGGGGGACUUCUGGCGUGGACUCUUGGGCUUACAAUGAGAAGCCAAGGACUCCCGGUCAAAUGAUCAACGCCAGAGUGGUUUAG